AUGCCCAAAGUACAAAUAACUCCCAAACCAUUCCGGGUUUUUUGGUUGGUAACGUUAUUGCGGUAUUUUCUCCUAAAUUGCGUCAUCCCGCGCACAAUGCUGGCCACUGCUACAUGGUUGUGUCGUAGCCAUCAUUUCUCAAAACUGGUUAACCAACUACACAGCUCAACACCUUUCGUUAAUCCGUCUAUAUCACAUCAUUCUGUUCGAUUGUUUCGUACAUUCCCAGUAGUUAAUAGUUCUAUACGUAGGCGUGUGGGGCGUAUCAAUUUAAAAUCAGGAGCUACGGAGUUUGGACAUUCCCUCAAUCUCAAUAAAACUCGAGCCUUAGUGGGUGGAGCAGCUGCAAUUAGUAUUGGUAGCCUUUGUCUUUAUGGUUUAGCCGGUAAAGAUGGUUCACUCUCAGCUUUUGAUCGUUCAGUUACUUGGCCGGAUUACGUAAAACAACGUAUUCGAGCAACGUAUGGUUAUUUACUAGCCAGUGCCACAAUUGCAGCUGGUUCAACUAUCGCAUUGUUUCAGUCUCCUACUAUGUGUCGUUUGAUGCUUAGUGGUGGGUGGCUUGCUCCUAUUGGAAUGGCGGUAUUGAGCGUAACUACAGGAGUCAUUUGUCAGUCAUUAACAUAUCCACAAUCGGGUCUAAGUGUUAAGCAUUUAGCAUGGAUUGCAUAUUCUGUGAGUUUAGGCGGUAUCCUGAUGCCUAUAUGUUUAGUCGGCGGACCCAUUCUUACUCAAGCUGCCUUGUAUACUGGAGGUAUAGUGGGUUCCUUGUCAUUGGUUGCACUGACAGCACCAUCAGAUCGUUUCCUCAACUGGGGUGGUCCUUUGGCGAUUGGUUUAGGACUUGUUUUUGUGUCAUCUAUUGGUUCUAUGUUUUUAUCCCCUGUAAGUCGCUUGGGAUCUGGUUUAGCAUCCAUCAGUCUUUACGGCGGCCUUCUUCUGUUUUCUGGAUUCCUACUUUACGAUACACAACAUGUAAUAAGACGGGCAGAAUCUCACCCACCUCCAGAUUUCUAUUCAUCAAUUUUACCAAUCAACAAAGGAUUUCAGAAUCCAGAAGCAUUAAAACCAUUUGACCCGAUCAACAAUUCUAUUCGAAUUUUAUUGGAUGCUGUGAACAUAUUUGUUCGCAUGGCAAUAAUAUUAUCUGGUGGUGGCCAGCGUAAGAAAUGA